CCUCCCCGACACCAAUGGCGUACGAACACAGGUCGAAAGUGUGACGUCAAAAUUUUUAUGCAUGAGAAAAUAAAAUGAAUUAAAUAUAUUUAUUUAUGUAAAAUAUUGUUAUUAUAAAUUAAUAGCCAAUUGAUGUAUUUCAACUAGAAUCUUAAAAAUCCAAUAUUUUACAAAUACUAGAGUAAUCGAUCAGCACAUUCGACUUGCUCACAAUUUCUUCACCUUCUGACCAUCAUGGCUGCUACAGUAGGGAGGAUUUGUGGAUCAAGUCUUUUAAAAACAAAUCCUGUUGUUGUUCGAAAUCAGGUUAAUUGCUUUUCCUCUGCAGCUGGAUGGACAAAAGGUCGGAAAACGUUAUAUGCCACUAUUGGAGCCUUAUCAGGUGGAGCGGGUGCUCUUCUUUUUGCACUUGAGCAAUCUGUCAAAGCUUCGGAUUUAGAACUUCAUCCACCUAAAAAUCCAUGGAGCCACAAUGGGGUUUUCUCAUCUUUAGACCAUGCCAGUAUUCGUCGAGGAUAUGAAGUGUACAAGCAAGUAUGUGCAGCCUGCCAUAGCAUGAGAUUUAUUGCAUAUCGUAAUUUAGUUGGAGUAUCACAUACUGAAGCAGAAGCCAAAGCUGAGGCAGAGGAAGUCCAGGUUCAAGAUGGUCCUGAUGAAAAUGGAAAUAUGUUCAUGAGACCAGGGAAAUUGUCCGAUUAUUUCCCUAACCCUUAUCCCAAUGAAGAAGCUGCAAGAGCCGCCAACAAUGGAGCCUUCCCUCCUGACCUUAGUUACAUUACUUUGGCUCGGCAUGGGGGAGAGGAUUAUGUGUUUGCAUUGUUAACGGGUUAUUGUGAUGCCCCAGCUGGUGUAGUACUCAGGGAUGGUCAAUACUUCAAUCCAUACUUUCCAGGAGGUGCUAUCAGUAUGGCCCAAGCUCUUUAUAAUGAGGUUCUGGAAUAUACAGAUGGAACUCCACCCACUGCCAGCCAGCUAGCUAAGGAUGUGUGUACAUUUUUAAAAUGGGCUGCAGAGCCAGAGCAUGACGAUCGCAAGAGGAUGGUUCUUAAGGCACUGUAUAUUUUUGGUGCACUUUUGGCCAUUUCAUACUACAUUAAACGACAUAAGUGGACAGUGAUGAAGUCACGCAAAAUAGCUUUUAAGCCCCCCACAAAACAGUAGAUUAAUUGACUGGUUCAGAACUUGUAGGGGCAAGUGAGAGUAGUUACACAAAUCAGGAAUAUAAGGACAUUUGUUUCCUCUUUUGUUGUGAUCGUUGUCAUGUUGGCAAAUGUUUUUGUGUAAAUAUUAAUGAAAUGAGGUGACUUGUGUUUUUUAUUUUCUCCCAUCCUUAUCCUAAAAAAAAGGAUAAACAGUGCUGACAUUAAUUUUUUUAUUGAUUAUGCAAGAUCAGUUUUGACAUUGCAACAUUGUUUACAUCUCCCAAUAUAGAACUCAUAAUGUACAUGUCUUGGAAGGUUUACUUUGUAACUUGUAAAUUUGAUGGUUCAAUAAACCAUUGAAGAGUAUCAUGCCCUGAAAUACUGAUACAAAAAGUUACAAUCUUUCCAGAAGCAGAUAAAAAUGCUACUUUAAACACUUCCCGAUUCCAGUCAGUCUGCUCAAAUAAGUGGAGUAAGGAAGUGCACAAAUAUCAAAGCCAAACUUAAUUUUUCAUGAGGGCUGUAGUGAUGCUAUUGGAGUAUGAACUCUCAAUUCUAAGGCAAAUCGUAAAAGGAAAAAAAAAAAAAAAGCCAAUUCAUUAGGAAAUACAUAGUAUUCCCUCAAUUAACGACAA